AUCAGUUUCCCGUUAAAUUUCUGAGAGAAUCGUUGGGACGUGAGGCUUCACCGCCUAGACGGCAGCCGUCCGAUCGCAGGGCUGGUUAUUCUGGAUAGUGUGGAUGGAGUUCACAAGAGAUGAACAUGAAAGACCGAACUAGAGGAUGCCUUUUGUAAGAGGAACUUCGAAGAGCUAACUGUGAGGAUCAUAAACAAAUUAUAACUGUGGAGGGGGCACAAAGUGUUUCUUCAAAUUAAAACAAUAAAGCAGACACAAACAUACAUAGUCUCCAAGCUGCAAGAUGGAACCAGAUUUGCUGGGAUGGACUGUCUUCCUCAGAUGUGAAUGUGUGAAUGUGGAUAUAUUGUUUGAAUGUGCAUGAACGCGUACGGAAUACCCAGAAGCUAAAGAUGAUUUCUUCUCAGCGAGCAGGACUUCAGAGACGUGAAGAGUUCGCGUACCCUGGACGUAUCUUCCAAGUUAAUCUUUAGUAAGGAGUUGAACGGGCUGUGUGCUGCAAGAGGAGAGGUCCAAGGAGAUCAGAAAGUUUACAGUCUCAGGGAUUGCAUACCACCAGGAAGCUGAUAUGAACAUGAGACAAAGAUAGUAUCAGACAAGUACCAGCGCUAUAAAUUUCACACAUUAAAGCCUGCCAAUAUAAACCUGUGGUUGACUCUGCGGCUGUGUGGUUUCUCCAGCUGGAGCGCAGAGCAGUUGGUGCUGCUGUUUUACACAGGUGCAAACCGGUGGUGGAAGGGCACUGCUCACCGUACCCCCACUGCUGAGAAGUGGAGGCAAAAUAGUCCCUCUGGCGUUGGGUUAUUGCAGAGAAGAGCACCUGAGGUUUUCGUGAGGUGUCCUGCCCUGGGAAGAACGGGGUGUCACAGGAAGGAGGCAAUCUGUACGUCUAUACUACGACAGUGCUCAAUGAGCCACAGUGUGUAAUUCAGGUUCUUUCUCUUAAUUCUGCUCUAGAUCCUGGGCUGUAGUCAGAAGAAAUCUGGAGCAUCCACAUAAAAUAGCCCUGGAGGUGCACUGUAAGUAGAGGCCUACGAGUUUUACUUUUCAUGUACAACAGUAUUCAGCAUGUUGUUAUUCCGUCACAUGCUGGUUGGAGCUUUUCUUCCAUUCUUCAUCCUUUCAGGGAACUGGGUUUCAGCAAAGAACAUCAACUUCUACAAUGUGAGGCCUCCACUAGACCCCACUCCAUUUCCAAACAGUUUUAAGUGCUUUACCUGCGAUAAUGCGGUGGACAACUACAACUGUAACAGAUGGGCUGAAGAUAGAUGGUGUCCUGAAAGUACUCAGUACUGUCUGACAGUUCAUCUCUUCACAGACCAUGGGAAGAGUACAUCAGUCACCAAAAAAUGUGCUACUGGAGAGGAGUGCCAUUUUGUAGGCUGCCAUCAUCACAGAGAAAGCGGUCACACAGAAUGUGUUUCUUGCUGUGAAGGCAUGAUUUGCAACGUAGAAAUACCAACCAAUCACACAAAUGCAGUAUUUGCUGUCUUGCAUGCGCGGAGAACGUCGGAUGGCAGCAGGUGGACAGUCAACAUCGCAGUGCUUGUGUCAGUCGUGAUGAUUGCCUUGUCAUGAUGCAGCAUCCUCCUGUACGUGUGCUCGAGAGGGUUUGCCUUUUUGUGGGCUGGCAGAAAUGGUAAGAAGAUCCAUUAUGUGCCAGGAGAAACCACUGAUACUUCUCAACUACGUAAAAUGUAAGAGGACAGUGGGAAGACACGUGUGCGUCGUGAUGUCCUUGGAUAUUUUAAUGAAGAUACUUCAAAUGGUCUGCAGUAUUUAAAAAAACAAACACAAAAAAAAAGAAAACCACAACCAACAUCAAACCCACUGGUGACUAGGCAGUGGGGUGAAAUCAAGUUAUUAUAAUUCACUAUUUUAUGAUGAAAAUGCACAUGCGGUUGGUGUGUUUCUUGAACAGAGAGAAGUGUUUGUGACAAUCCCUUUCCUUGGUGAGAUAAAAGAGAACUCUCAAUGGACUGUGUGCAAAUCUGUAUCUUAAUGGGAACUGGUUUUAAACUUUUCACUGUGCAUAAAUAACAUGGACUGUCUUGUCUUGAUCCACAGGUGUGUGUAAGCUUAUUUUUGGCUACAGUUUUCAGAGAAAACAUACUACACGAGAAUUUUUUCUAUUUUGACCAGAGCUAUAAUUUCUAUGGGAAGAAAUGCAAAAUAAUAGUUUAUAUCUCUCUUCUAUACAAUGGCUCACACUUGAAUUAUAAAACAAUGUGAAAUUGUGUAGAGUUUCUGUUCCCAAAUUAUGAGGUAGUUGAGCACCUAAAAUGUAAUUUUCAUGGUCCCUCAAUGGGAUUAUUUUCUUGCAGUAGAGGCCCACCUACCUCAACUGCUCACCUCAGCUUUUGAAUCCUUGUCUUUGUUCUAUUAAUGCAGCAAUAAUACCAUGAAUUUCAAAUUGCAGCUAUGGUCAAGCAACAACUUCAUCAUAAAAAUUGUAAGUGGGCACUUGGUAUAAGUAAGGAGAAGACUCUGCUAUGUUUGGUCUCUGUUUGCCGAAGAUCCUCCCAGAAAUGCUGUUUUCCGUGCUGGAUCAACUGGUAAGAAGUCAGCACUGGAUACCCCAGGCCUCUGGACAUCCCUUUUAUCUAGCUUUGCCAUCCACAUUUGAAAAGUUUGGGCCAAGAUUCUGUUUUUCAUUAUGAUAUUGCAGUGUUUAAUGUGGCUUAUUUGCGUAGCUUGGCUAUUUGAAUCCUAAUCAUUUAGAUGACUGUUCAUCGGUUGGAUAAAUGGCUGCAAAGAUGACAAAUAACAGAGUUUAGGUUACAGUUGGAUGAACUAAACCCUUAAUGCUCUACCUUAUGUUCUUAUGUUCUUUGCACUGCAAACUUGCUAUCAUACAGACCAGCAGGUACAGAUUUUAGAUGAUUUCUCUGUGUGGUUUUAUACAAUCCUAAAUCCUAACACAUUUUGGCUGCUAAUUGUGUUUCUUCCAACUCCCCACCAUUUUCACAAACUUUUUCUGACAACCCUAAUGUACUGCAGCACAAUUAAGGUUUGACCUAACAAGGUUGAAAAAUGCAUUUCAGCUUUCUUUUUGUAAAUAAAAUUGUUAUUCAUUUAUGACUAUACCAGUAUGGUUAUUC